AUGACCUCUCCAUUUUGGCACACACAACACGGCGUGAGCUCGCCGCUAUGGCAGACCCAACCAAAACCGCCCCGCCGUCCUGAACGUCCCGAACGCCCUGCUCGUCCAGAUACUCCAGCCAGCAAUCCCAUCCCACAGCCGCGGAGCAGCACGUCAGGCCGCAGAACCAGGGUCGAGACGCAGUACCGCCCACCGGUGCCCACCAACAGACCCCCGAUCCGCUCGCGAUACACCGCGCCGGAGGACGAGUCCCGACCGAACGUGAACUCGUCCUCGAUGCUGCCCCGGCGCGCCAGCGGCUCGCCCGGCCGCGUGUAUAGCUCGUCGACACAGCCGUAUGAGUGCCGCAGCCCUGUCAUGACCUUACGUAUUCUGUCGCCGAGUCGGCAUGGCGCGAGGGACGAGAAGGAGCGGGAUGGCCAGGAGAACAGGCCUGUUCAGGAAGUGGUGGAGCCGCCGUUGCCUUCCCCAGGGCUGGCGCGGUCGAAGUUGACGUCGCCCAAACGUCGACGGCUUCCCCUGAGAGACUCGAUUCUGCUGAAGCGGAAGGAUUCCCCUGAUUCGUCCAAGGUGACGACGCCAACGAGGGAGAGUAUGCCCGUGAAAGCUCUAGAGACUCCGGAGCAGCGGGUCGCGGUGCGUGGGAGUCUUCCUCCUACACCCUCGACGCCGUCCAAGUCGCGGCUGAAGGGAUUUCCGAGGCUUGGAUCAUUCUACCGUGACUCGAAGCCACCGCCGCCUCCUGAAUAUCGCCAGUCCGAGCAGUUCCCCCCUCGCAAGGAAGUACCGGUACCGGAGAUCAACAAGAAGCUGCCCGUUCUGCCAUCUGAUGGUCCAGCGGCUGAUGCUGGCGGCACACUGGUCUCUCGAAUCUCUACCAUGAUUCUUGACGAGGGUGUCGGGGUUGGCGCCGACAGAUCUUCUGCCGCUUUGAAGGUCUGGGACGCCGUGUCCAAGUGCCUGGAUGGGAUUGCCAACGCUUCUACGGCGGAGACUCCCAGCAAGCCGCCGAAAGAGGACGCCCCAGCAGACAAGAUCUCACAGGAGACGCCAGCCCCAGCCUCCAAUUCAAUCCAUCCAUGGCCGCUGGAAGCAUGGGGACUUCGGCAUAACCAGAAGCAGAACAACGACAGUCGGCGUAUGGGAGAAGCCCCAAAUAUGGAUGAAGGGGAUGUCAAGACAGAUGCUCCGGCCAGAGCAGCGCCAGUCGUCGAUGUCCAACAAGCAAAAACCACCACGACAGCGCUCCCUUGCCCGUUCAGAACGCGCAAUCCUGCACGAUUCAACGUCAGCGACAACUGGCACUGCGCGCAGGGCCAGUGGAAGAGCCUUUCCGAUCUGCAGCAGCACAUCACGAGACACCAUCGCCAUGCCAGUGACUCCCAGCUGUUCCAGUGCCCGCGAUGCGAAAAGGGGUUCCCUGAGCCAAAUGCCUUUAAGGAGCAUUUGAUGCUCCCGAGGGAGCAGAUGUGUGAUCCUCGCUCGGAGGCUGUUCCGCCCAGCAAUGACCCUGAAGAUGGCAUCACUGCCGGCAGGGCGAGAACACUGUCCGAAGGUGUUGAGGCGGGGAAUAUUAGAUCAUGGGACGACUUGUGGAAGUGUCUUUUCCCAGAUGACGGGACAGUUCCUCGUCCAGCCAUUCUGCCCGCCAUCGAGCUUCCCCAAGUUGAACAAGAAGUCUUCACCAGCGCCAACAUGUCCACCCUGAAAGCAAGCCUCGAAGAACGCCUCAAGUUCCUCGCCUCCCAAUCUGCAAACAGCGACCUCUUGUCAGCACAGAUCCCCGUCAUCACCGGCUCCCUCUCCCUCGCCGUGGAAGCCCAUCUCCGAAGUGUCUUCAUCUCCUGCCGGACUCAGCCCCCGUCACGAACACCAAACCGCUCCCGCUCCGCGUCCCAGACACAGGAUACACCAAACAACCGCCCGCGCAAGCUCUCCUCGGCGUCCUCAGGGGGUGUCAGGAAUAUUCUCGUGCCACCAGAGCAUCAUCGCCGCCCGCCCCUUACCGAGACCAGAAGCUUCACCCGCGACCCCGUUCUCCGCCCACAUAUCCCUGCCCAGCGCCGCAGCCUGAGCGAGGGCUCCCCCAAAGCCAAGCUCCCCCCUCGCACCACCAACCUCCCCAUCCCCGCCACGCUCACGAUCCCCUUCCCGCGGAUAUCGGCCCUGACGGAGCACUCCGACGCCGGCCCCGAGGGGAACACGUCCCCGAAAGGCACCUCCUCGGACGCGGAGUACUCCUCUGGCGUGGAGUCGAACCCAACUAGCGCAGGCGGCCUGCGCGACUCGAACAACACGGACAUACGUUGCAGCAAAUGCAACAUGCGGCCUUCACUGCGACCGAACGAAGACGUCUUCUGCGACCCGCGGCUCAGCGCGGCCCCGUCGACGCAUACGGCGCCGCACACUACCGACUCGGGCUGCCGCUUUUCCGACUCGGGCAUCGGCAUACUCUGUAGGAACUGCAGGAUGCUCGAGGAGCUUAUCAAUUCGUACUCAAGGGCGUCGUUGCAAUCAGCGGACUCCUCACGGCCGCCAGCAACCGGAACGAUGGGGCCGGAGAGCAAAGUUGAGGAGGAGGAUGGGCCCUCGGCAAGGUUAGUAGCGCCAUUCUCGUUCUCGCCAGACCUUUCCGUCUCCAUCGACGAGAACGAUGAGGAGACGCUGUUCGACCUGAUGUUGGACUCAUCAGCUGCGUACAGCGAGGGAGGAGGUGGACGGGCGGAUGGGCAGCAGCAGCAGCGCAAGACACAGGCUCUCGUCUCCUCGCCCAUGUUCCCUCCCCCGACGCAGGACCUGCCGCCAUCUCCGUACGGGAAGAAGUACGACCGGCACGGCGGGCAUGACGGGGGUUUCUUUUGA